CUAAUAAGGCCUCUGCACAUUCAUUUCAAGAACCAAUACGUCAAAGCCCCCAUCCACUACCCUCUCUCUCUCGCUCUCUCUGUCAAUGGAGGCGACCACUAAGCUGCUCAUAUUCACGGCGGCGCUGCUAAUGUGCGCCGGGUGCGCAACCUCCGCUGUACGCUGUCCCAACUGCGGCAACAUCACAAUCCCUUACCCGCUAAGCACGGGCCCCACGUGCGGAGACCAGUCGUACAAGAUCCUGUGCGACGGGGGCUCUCUCAAGUUGGACACGCUCAACAACACCUACCCGAUCGCGUCCAUCAACCCCUCCGCCCAACGGUUUGUGAUUACCCCCUCCAACUUCCUCCCAAACACCUGCAUCACCUCGGAUAUCGCCCACCAGGGCGUCCAGCUGAACAGCAGCCUCCCCUUCAACGUCACCAGCAGCAACACCAUCAUCUACCUCAACUGUACCAGCGACCUCCUCAGAUCACCGUUGAAUUGCUCGUCAACGAGUCUCUGCCACGUGUACGUCAACAACAGCGGGGCCGUGGGUCCAUGCGAGGACGCACCGCUGUGUUGUACGUUCAGGGCGGGCGGGUCGUCCACCUCGUACAUGAUCCGGGUCCGGCAGUCCGGGUGUAGCGCUUACACGAGCUUUGUGAACUUGGAUCCGACCUUGCCCGUGAACCGGUGGCCCCAGCCGGGUCUGGAGAUCCAGUGGGUGUUGCCUCCGGAACCGGUGUGCGGGUCUCAGGCGGACUGUAAUGAUGGGUCCAACUCUAACUCUAACUCUAACUCCACUUGUGGGCCCGACCCAGCUGAGGCUGGGGUCCGUCGGUGUUUCUGUAACUCGCCGCUUGUGUGGAACCCUGUUGAAGGGGUGUGUGUUGAGAAUUGUCAAAUUACUGGCAGUUGCGGCGAUUCAGACCGGACUGCACUCAUAGCAGGCUUAACUAGUGGUCUUGCUGCAACGCUGGUUGUGGCCAUCGUUGCAAUUCUACUCUACAAACGCCACAGGCGCAUCAAAGAAGCACAAGAGCGGCUGGCCAGAGAGCGUGAAGAAAUCCUAAAUGCCAACGGCGGAGGCAGAGCUGCAAAGCUAUUCACUGGCAAACAGAUCAAGAAAGCAACACACGACUUCUCCAGAGACCGCCUCCUUGGUUCCGGAGGGUAUGGUGACGUCUACAAAGGCAUUCUACAAGAUGGCACUGAAGUUGCUGUCAAGUGCGCCAAGCUUGGAAACACCAAAGGCACUGACCAGGUCCUCAACGAGGUCCGGAUUCUCUGCCAAGUCAACCACCGAAGCCUCGUGCGCCUGCUUGGCUGCUGUGUUGAGUUAGAGCAGCCUAUUUUGGUCUACGAGUAUAUUGAAAAUGGAACUCUUUUAGAACAUUUUCAGGGUCAGAAAUCCGGCGGGCGAAGUAGCCUUGCUUGGAGCGAUCGUCUCCGCGUCGCCCACGAUGCUGCUGAAGGUCUUGCAUACCUCCAUUCCUCUGCAGUUCCUCCAAUAUAUCACCGAGAUGUCAAGUCCAGUAACAUUCUGCUGGAUGAGAAAUUGAAUGCCAAGGUUUCGGAUUUCGGGUUGUCUAGGUUGGCUCAUACCGACUUGAGCCACGUCUCAACGUGUGCUCAGGGGACUCUUGGAUACCUUGAUCCUGAAUAUUAUAGAAAUUAUCAGUUGACGGAUAAAAGCGAUGUUUAUAGCUUUGGAGUUGUGCUGUUGGAGCUGUUGACGUCUCAGAAGGCUAUUGAUUUUAACAGGGACCCAGAUGAUGUGAACUUGGCAGUUUAUGUGCAGAGAUUGGUGGAGGAAGAGAGGUUGAUGGAUGCCAUUGAUCCGAUACUUAAAGAGGGAGCAAGCACUUUGGAGAUGGAGACUAUGAAGGCUUUGGGGUUUCUUGCUGUGGGUUGCUUGGAGGAACGUCGACAGAAUCGGCCUUCCAUGAAAGAAGUCACUGAGGAGAUUGAGUACAUCAUGAGUAUUUCUAAGGCAAAGGAGGUGCAGAAUUAGUUACUAACCAAGUUUCGAGGGAGACGGAUCAGCAGUUGGUUCUAGAAUAUGUAAUGCUAUCGGUGUUAGUGUUUCAGUGUUUGAACAUCAUUAUUUCCCACGCGAGUUUGUUUGAUGCUUAUAAUGUGUAUGGAUGAAUAUCACCUUGAUCUUGCUUGCACCCGAA